UCUUUUGAAAAUUUUCCUUCUUCAUAUUAUUCAUGUCCGUUAUAUUAGAAACUAGUAAAGGCAAUAUAACUGUAGAUCUAUACACUGACGUUGCCCCAAAAGCCUGUGAAAAUUUUUUAAAGCUCUGCAAAAUAAAAUAUUACAACUUUAGCCUUUUUACCGAAGUCCAACAAGGCUUUAUAGUUAAAGCCGGCCGCUCUAUUUGGUAUGAAGAAGACUCUUCUAUUUGGGGACUUAUAGAAGGAAAACAGAAACGUUAUUUUAAAGAUGAAAUUAAAAAAGAGGUCAAGCACGACAAAGUAGGUUUGUUGUGCAUGGCAAACUUGGCGCCUAAUCAGAAUGCUUCAGAGUUUUAUAUAACGACAGGCGCGCCUUUACCAAGUCUUGAUGGUAAGCACACCAUUUUCGGGGAGGUGGUUGACGAUGCCUCCGAUGUCGAAGAGAGUGAGGAUCCAUUGAAGCUAUCCAGCUUGCAGGUUCUGGAACUAAUUAACAGCGCUCAUUGUUUAGAGGGUGUCCCUUAUCAAGAUAUUCGAAUCCGACACACAAUUGUCCUUGUUGAUCCAUUUGAGGACGACCCACGCAUCUGGUGCCCAUCUCGCUCUCCUUCACCCACUCGGGAGAUGCUAGAGACUGGUAGAGUCCCCGACGACUUUGAUCCGAAAGUAAAUAUUGCAAAGUCACAGGAUCAAAAAGAAAGGGAGCUUAUUGAGUCGGAGGCCAGAGUGUCCACCCACAUACUGGAAAUGGUUGGCGAUAUUCCAGACGCCGACAUGAAGCCGCCAGAAAAUGUCUUAUUUGUGUGCAAGCUAAAUCCUGUCACUUGUAACGAAGACCUGGCCAUUGCCUUUGGUCGCUUCGGGCAAAUUCUUAGCGUUGAGAUAAUUUACGACCAUGUGACCAAUGAGUCCCUUGGUUACGGAUUUGUCGAGUUCCAAACGAAAGAACAAUGCGAAGAGGCUUAUAUAAAGAUGAAUAACGUUUGCAUUGAUGACAGAAGAAUUGUAGUAAAUUUUUGCCAGUCCGUUGCCAAGCACCGUCUUAAGGCCUAUCGUUUGCAGAGAAUUAUGAAAACUGAGAAGCUAGCCAAAGACAGGACUUCUCGGUUUGAGCUUAAAAGACACCACCGAAACGACGUUGAUCUUGACUUCAGCUUGGAAGAAAUGACAGAAGAGGCAAGAAAGAGAGGAAUGCGUGGAGAAAUCGAGCGAAGCAGUAAAAGACAACGCAGUAAAAAAAGUCGCCACCGCGAGCGGAAUUCCAAACAUAAAAAAGGCUAAAUAACGUGAACGGAACAACCACUUUUAUUUCCACAAGCGUCUACAACCCUUAGUUUAUAAAAGUACCAU